AUGGCCGACGGUAAACUGGAUGUUCUGGUGACCAUCCAUUUUGGCUCCGCCGCCACGUCCCCCGCUCCAUACACCAAAGAUCUGUUCUUCAGGUUCAUAGUAAAGUUCUUCCCUCCAGACCCUGGCCAGCUGAAGAGAGCCCUUACCAGGUAUCUGUUUGCCCUUCAGAUAAAACAGGACUUGUGUAACGGAAGUCUGACAUGCAAUGACAACAGCGCCGCCCUGCUGGUCUCUCAUAUAUUACAAGCAGAGCUUGGGGACUACACAGACGAGGUGGACUGCCACCACCUGGAGAUGAAGCACUAUGUUCCCAACCAGGAGUACCUGGACCACAAGAUCAUCAAAUACCACAAGAAGCACAGGGGCGUGUCCCCAGGCGAGGCAGAUGUCUUGCUGCUGGAGGUGUCCAGGAAGCUUGAGAUGUAUGGCAUCCGGCCCCAGCCCGCACAGGAUGGAGAGGGGCUUAGGAUCAACCUGGCUGUCACUCACUCUGGGGUCCUUGUGUUUCAGGGGAACACUAAGAUUAACACCUUCAGCUGGGCAAAGAUACGCAAGCUGAGCUUCAAACGCAAACAUUUCCUCAUCAAACUACACGACAAAGUUGGGAGUAAGGACACCCUAGUGUUUGUGCUGGCUAGCAGGGAUGUGUGUAAGAGCUUCUGGAAGGUGUGUGUGGAGUACCACGCCUUCUUCAGAUUACCUGAAGAGCCCUCACAGCCCCCGAAGGGCCUGCUCACCUGCAGGGGGUCUGCCUUCAGAUACAGUGGUAGGACUCAGAAACAGCUGCUGGACUGCAUGGGGGCCAGAGAGAAGAAGCAAACGCACUUUGAGAGGAUAUACUGUCAGUCUGACUGUGACCCCAGACAGUGUCGCUCCUCCCCUGACCUCCUGACUGAUGUCUCCAAACAGCUGUAUGACUCAUUCCCUCAUUGCAGUCGGACUGCUGCACUUCGCAGUCAGGACCGGCUUCAUCCGUCCAAUCAGAGACUAGACGACUCAGGUCGGCUGGACGGUGGUGCCAAGCGCAGCCAAUCAGCCAUGGAGGUCACCCACAGGCCCCGCCCCUUCUCCCAUUUCACCCCCCUCUCCCCCAGUUUCCACCUAUCAGGUCUCCCUCCUAAGCGGAGGUCCGCCUCCACCUCGGGGUCGGAGGAGGGGAGGGGGGGCGAGCGCCAGGCUCAGAGGCUGGCCGGUAUCUAUGGCAACCGCUCCCGGCGACGCCCCAACCCUCUCCCCUAUGCCGACGGGCCCCAGCAGCUGGUCCUCCUCUACCCCAACAGCCCCGCCCUCCAGUACCACCCGGUGCUCCCCUCCUUCCCGUAUCUCCCUAGCCACGCCCCCUACAUGUCCGGACACGCCCGCUACCUGUCGGACCAGGACGCCGUCUCCUCAUUGGAGCGCUUCUCCCAGCCGCGCAUGAGGGGGCGGGACUACAAGGCAAUGCCCCGCCCUUCCUUCUAUCCUCUGGGCCAUGACUCCGGAUCCCUCUCGCCCGCCCGCCGCUGCCAACGGUCCCCGGGAGGCUCCGGAGGCCUCGGAGGCUUCGGAUUGGCCAGGAUGUACCCGCCGUCAGGUAGCGGGGGCAGGCUAUUGGACAUUGGCCGCACAGAGGCGGGACAUUACAGCGACGACUGCAACUUCCUGCCCGGGUUGCCGCGGCGAGUGGCCAGCCAGCCCGACGUCAAGUUCCAUAUGUCACGCAGCACAAACCCCGCCUUCGACCCCGCCUCCGAGUUCCGCCCGCUGGGGUACUACCCCCACCUGACACGCCCCUCCAGACCCACCUACCUGCCGCUAAGCUCCUCCCCCUUGCCCCAACGCCCCGCCUCCCUCUGCAUGGUGGGGGGCGUCGCCGCGGGCUACAGCGACUCAGACCCGGAGGUCUUCUACCCCUACUACUGCCCACCCCCCCUACCAGGGACGGGGGCCCCGCCCAGGGGGGUCGCCCGGAUGAGGUUCUCCUCUGGGAGCCUCCAGCUGGACGAGGAGGAGGAGGAGGGGGAGGGGGAGGAGGAAGAGGAAUGUGGAGGAGGAUGGAUCUUAUGGGAGCUUGUGAACCUAUCAGGAACAAGAGACUCGACCCCAGAGACUCGGUAA